GAAACUUUAGCAAAAUUGUAGUGUACGGAAUACGGAAUACAGUACCCAACGUUACCCUGGGUCCGCGGCCGAUUCAGCAUCGUCUGGUUGUUGAUCAACAAUCGAAGCCCCCCAGACUUGGGCCCCGUCUCCAUCGGCUCGACAUCUACGUUUGGCGCGCAUUUCCGCCCAGAUAUGCGCCCGGCAAGUUGGCCAUGCAGUGCUACACGGAGCUGACGCCGCCGACGGCUGUGACGCACUCGACGACGCUGCAGUUCAUCCCCGGGCAGGGCACAAACCUCGUCGUCGCGAAAUCGUCGCUCCUCCAGGUAUUCCGGACAAAGGUUGUCUCGACCGAGCUAGAGGCGUCGCCAGACAGCGGCCACAGAUCACGCAAUGCGGCCCGCUACGAAAGCCGGUUAGCCAACGAUGACGACGGCCUCGAGGCCUCCUUCUUGGGGGGCGAUAGUCUCGCCCUGCGAACCGAUCGAGCCAACGUCACCAAACUGGUCCUCGUUGCUGAGACCCCGCUCGCCGGCACGGUCACCGGGCUUGCCAGAAUCAAGACUCCACACGCGCGCCAUGGUUGCGACUCGCUUCUCAUCGCGCUCAAAGACGCGAGGCUCAGUCUCGUCGAGUGGGACGCCGAGCGGCACGCGCUCGCGACCGUGUCGAUUCACUACUACGAACAAGAGGAGCUUCAGGGCAGCCCGUGGGCGGCGCCACUGAGCCACUAUGUCAACUUCCUGGAGGCAGACCCGGGCAGUAGGUGCGCCGCGCUCAAGUUCGGCGCCAGGAACCUGGCCAUCCUGCCCUUCAGGCAGGCCGAUGAAGACAUUGACAUGGGUGACUGGGAUGGGGAGCUAGACGGCCCGCGGCCGGCAAAAGACCAGUCGAGCGCCGUCAUAGAUGGAGCUAGCAACAUAGAAGACACACCAUAUUCACCGUCAUUUGUCCUCCGACUCUCCAAUCUUGACCCAAGCCUGCUCCAUCCUGUGCAUCUGGCCUUCCUGCAUGAGUACCGCGAGCCCACCUUCGGUAUUCUCGCUUCCACCGCCAGCGCCUCGAACUCGCUCGGCCGCAAGGAUCACUUCACCUACAUGGUCUUCACGCUAGAUCUGCAGCAGAAGGCCUCCACCACCAUCCUCUCCGUCGGCGGCCUGCCCCAGGAUCUCUUCCGGGUCGUGCCCUUGCCCGCCCCCGUUGGAGGCGCCCUCCUCGUGGGCUCAAACGAACUCAUCCACAUCGACCAGUCGGGCAAGGCCAACGGCGUUGCCGUGAACCCCAUGACGAGGCAAUGCACCUCCUUCGGUCUCGUCGAUCAGUCCGAACUCAACCUCCGCCUGGAAGGUUGCGUCGUCGACGUCCUGACAGCAGACCUCGGCGAGCUCCUUGUCAUUCUGAACGACGGUCGGAUGGCCCUGGUCACCUUCCGCAUCGACGGCCGCACUGUGUCUGGGCUCGAGCUGAGGAUGCUCCCAGCGUCCUCAGGGGGUUCCAUCAUUCCCGGCCGCGUCACGACGCUCUCGCGAGUAGGCCGGAACGCCAUGUUUGCCGGCCUCGAGGAGGGGGACUCCGUGUUGUUUGGCUGGGCCAAGAAACAGAGCCAGGCGGGCCGGAGAAGGCCCAGGGCCAAAGACGCGGUCCUGCAGAUGGACGAAGAAGCCGGCGAGGAGGAAGAAGAAGAAGAAGACGAGGAUGAGGACGACUUGUAUGGCGAGGAGCCGGCAGCCCGUCAGCAACCCUCCUCGACGGCCAGCAGUCUCAUGACCGGAGAUCUUACCUUCCGCAUUCACGACCGGCUCGUGAGCAUCGCGCCCAUCCAGGCAAUGACGUAUGGUCAGCCGGUCUGGCUGCCAGGCAGCGAGGAGGAGCGAAACUCUGCAGGCGUUCACAGCGAUCUGCAGUUGGUCUGCGCCGUGGGCAGGGACAAAUCAGCCUCCCUGGCCACCAUAAACCUGGCCAUUGCGCCAAAAGUCAUCGGCCGCUUCGAGUUCCCCGAGGCCAGAGGAUUCUGGACCAUGUGUGCGAAGAAACCGAUCCCUAAAUCGCUCCAGGGCGACAAGGCCGGCGCUUCUCUCGGCAAUGGCUACGACACGUCCGGCCAGUACGACAAGUUCAUGAUUGUGGGCAAGGUGGAUUUGGACGGCUACGAGAAGUCUGACGUCUAUGCUCUGACUGCCGCCGGUUUCGAGAGCCUCGGUGGCACCGAGUUCGACCCUGCCGCGGGCAUUACCAUCGAGGCGGGUACCAUGGGGAAAGGUAGUCGGAUCAUCCAGGUUCUCAAGUCAGAAGUCCGAUGCUACGACGGAGAUUUCGGGCUCAGCCAGAUACUGCCCAUGCAAGAUGAAGAAACCGGCGCGGAGCCCCGAGCCGUCAGUGCCAGUGUCGCGGAUCCAUUCCUUCUCAUUAUUCGGGACGACUCGAGCGUGUUCAUUGCUCGGAUAGACAGCAGCAAUGAGCUGGAGGAGCUCGACAAAGACGACCCGGUGCUUUCAACAACCAAGUGGCUCACUGGCUGCUUAUACGCCGACAGUGCUGGCGUGUUUGCCGAGGAAUCCAUGGGAAAGCCUGCCAGCACAGCGCAGUGCGUUCUCAUGUUCCUUCUGAGCGCCAGCGGGGCCCUUUAUAUAUAUCGACUUCCCGACCUCGCAAGACCGAUCUAUGUCGCCGAGGGGUUGUCCUACAUCCCCCCGGGCCUCUCGGCCGACUACGCGGGCCGGAAGGGAACAGCGAAGGAAACCCUGGCCGAGAUCCUGGUUGCCGACCUAGGAGACAGCACUCAUAAAUCGCCGUACCUCAUUCUCCGCCACGCAAAUGACGACCUCACGCUUUAUCAGCCCUUCCGCUCCAGGAAAGCGACCGAACAGGCAUUCUCCGAGACGCUGUUCUUCCAGAAAGUGCCGAACACGGCCUUGGCCAAGAGCCCACAAGAAGCGGACGAGGAUGAAGCAUCACACCAGCCUCGAUUUCUCUCCAUGCGCAGGUGCGACAACGUUGGGGGAUACAGCACCGUUUUUGUCCCCGGGGCAUCUCCCAGCUUCAUCAUCGCGUCUUCCAAGUCGAUGCCGAGGGUGAUGCCGCUGCAAGGCUCUGGUGUGAUAGCUAUGAGCCCAUUCCACACCGAGGGGUGUGAGCAUGGCUUCAUCUACGCCGACUCCCGUCGGAUUGCGCGUGUGUGCCAAUUCCCGGACGGCUGCAUCUACGCGGAAACAGGCGUUGCCGUCAGGAAAAUCCCCAUUGGAGAGGAUAUCGCGGCUGUCGCGUAUCAUCCUCCCAUGCAGAGCUACGUGGUGGGCUGCAACACGAGUGAGCCGUUCGAGUUGCCCAAGGACGACGACUAUCACAAGGAGUGGGCGCGGGAAAACCUCUCUUUCAAGCCAACUGUCGAUCGUGGCAUCCUCAAGCUCUUAAGCCCCAUCACCUGGACCGUCGUUGACGCAGUGCAAAUGGAGCCUUGCGAGACGAUCCUCUGUGUCGAGACUCUAAACUUGGAAGUCUCCGAGUUUACCAACGAGCGGAAGCAACUCAUUGCGGUUGGCACCGCCCUGACCAAGGGCGAGGAUCUGCCGACCAGAGGGCGUGUUUACGUCUACGAUAUUGCCGAUGUCAUUCCCGAGCCUGGCCGUCCGGAGACGGGGAAGAAGUUGAAACUGAUUGCCAAGGAGGACAUACCCAGAGGAGCGGUCACCGCGCUGUCCGAGAUUGGUACCCAGGGGCUCAUGCUCGUUGCCCAGGGCCAAAAGUGCAUGGUUCGAGGUCUGAAAGAGGACGGGAGCCUCUUGCCCGUCGCCUUCAUGGAUAUGAACUGCUACGUCACCGCCGCCAAAGAGCUCCCCGGUACAGGACUGUGCCUGCUAGCAGACGCUUUCAAGGGCGUGUGGUUCACAGGGUACACCGAGGAACCGUACAAGAUGAUGCUGUUCGGCAAGAGCUCUACCAAGCUGGAGGUGCUCAACGCGGAUUUCCUGCCCGACGGAAAGGAGCUGUCUUUCGUGGUGAGCGAUGCCGACGGCUACAUCCAUAUCUUACAAUUCGACCCUGAGCACCCGAAAUCCCUCCAAGGCCACCUCCUCCUGCACCGCACGACCUUCAACACAGGCGCCCACCACGCCACGAAGUCCCUCCUGCUCCCGGCGAGCACGCCAGCGGACAAGGAAAAGAACGACGGAAACGCCGCCAACGCCCAAGCCAAGGCCAAGGCCAGCGACAACAAGCAGCCCCGCGAGCCGGCCGCGCAGCGGCCGCACGUGCUGCUGCUGGCGUCGCCGACGGGCGUGCUCGCGGCGCUGCGCCCGCUCUCCGAGUCGGCCUACCGGCGGCUCUCGUCGCUCGCCGCGCAGCUGACCAACUCGCUGCCGCACCCCGCGGGGCUGAACCCCCGGGGCUACCGCGCGGCCGGCGCCGAGUGCCCGCCGGCCGGGGUCGACGCCGGCCUCGGGAGGAGCAUCGUGGACGGCACGGUGCUGGAGCGGUUCGCGGAGCUGGGGAUGGCGCGGCGGGUGGAGCUGGCGGGCAGGGCCGGGUACGCUGGCAUUGGGGAGGUGAGGGCCGAGUUGGAAGGCGUGUUGGGGUGGGCUGGGCUGAGCUAUUUUUGACGUAUAGCGAGAGGAUAUUGGCGGCGAGGGGAAGAGGCGAAGAGAGCUGGUGGGUUUUGGCUGCGAGUGGGCUGAUUCCAGGUUGUACUACGUAUCCCGGGUGCUCUGUUACGGUUCGACAGCGAGGCCUGGCCCUCGCUGGGAGGUGUGCAGCUCUCUAGAGAAUAGUCCUUUUAAAGGCUUGUAUUCCACUUGCCAAUUUUCUGUGAAAUGCACGAAACUUGAUUCUAGUUGGAAGCAAUGUGAUUGCAUGCCUUCAAUAUGUAGCAUACCAAAAUGGUCCAACACAUGUCGUUGAACUGCUCGGCGGCAGAUCCAUUCUGCUCUUCCCCUCGACCUGUGGAGAAUCCCAAGGAUAGGACGCAUGUCGCAUAUAAACACCGAGGAAGUAGGGGCUUAGCGCAUUGUUAUGU